UGAACACAUUUUUAAAAACAUAGCCCGGAUAAUAACACACAUGGAAUUGGCACUCUGUUUAUCCAAUGCGUGAAAGUAAUAGGCAACCAACCGUCGGUAUUCACUGAGGAGUAUUUCUUUAUUUUCAUGAAAUAUAUAUAAAAAGCUGUUGCCAUGACGACAGACGAGGCGACAGAGCGACAGCAGCAAAAGAGGCCCAGCCAGCAGGAGGCAGAGCAGCAUCAGGCCACGCCCCCUGACCACGGGCCCUCUGAGUCCCAGGCUUCCAGCACUCCCGUCACCUCGCCCCUAAGCCCCGGCUCGCCCUCCUCACCCCAGGAGGAGGUGCAGCUGAGACCCCGCCAGCGCACCUCGGCCGACCGUGGCCUCUCGCGACUCUUCUCCUCUUUCCUGAAGAGGAGGUCUCAGUGCGAGGGGGACGGGGGAGAGAAGGGGGAGAAAGGAGGGGACGGGGAAGAGCCCAAGGCGCCCAUCGCUGACUGUGAGCCGGAGCUCAGGAUCGAGGGGGAUCAGAACCUCGACCUGCACUCACUCAGCAGCAACGAGGCUCAGCCUGUCCAGGUAGACCAGAAGGAAGACCCCGAGAAAGACUCAGAGGACGAGGGGGGAGAGAAAGACAAGGAGAAAAGAGAAGAGGACAGUGCCCAGGAGAAGGAGAAAAAGGAGGAGGACCCUGAGGGAGAGGGAGAAGGAAGAGAGGGCGAGGAGGGGGAGGGAGAGAAAGGGUUAAAGGAGAAGAUAGCAGAAGAAGACGCUCAACCUCCUAAGCCUCCCCGUCGACCCAGGAUCAUGCAAAUUAAAGUUACACUGCUGGAUGACACUCUGUAUGAGUGCGAGCUGGAUAAACAUGCCAAAGGUGUGGAGCUGUUCACCAAGGUGUGUGACCACCUCAACCUGCUGGAGAGAGACUACUAUGGUCUGGCCAUCUGGGAGUCGCCCUCCAUGAAGACCUGGAUGGAUUUCACCAAGGAGAUCCGCAGGCAGGUUCAAGGUGCAAAGUUAGACAAGAUCUGUGCAGACGCACAAUCAUGUACAGGCAACAAUUAUGACUUUACCUUCAAUGUGAAGUUCUAUCCACCUGACCCAGCCCAGCUGUCUGAAGACAUCACCAGGUACUACCUGUGUCUCCAGCUACGUAAGGACAUCCUGGGGGGCCGUCUACCCUGCUCCUUUGUCACGCUGGCCCUUCUGGGUUCCUACGCACUGCAGUCCGAGCUGGGGGAGUACGACCCAGAGACACACGCACCAGACUACGCCAAGGACCUGAGGCUGGCCCCGGGACAAACCAAGGGGCUGGAGGAGAAAGUCAUGGAGCUGCAUAAGACAUACAGGUCGAUGAGUCCAGCACAGGCAGACAUGGCCUUUCUGGAGAACGCCAAGAAACUAGCCAUGUACGGAGUGGACCUGCACCAGGCCAAGGAUCUAGAUGGAGUGGACAUCAUGCUGGGUGUUUGUUCUGGGGGUUUGAUGGUCUACAAGGACAAGUUGAGGAUCAACCGGUUCCCCUGGCCUAAAGUCCUCAAGGUCUCCUACAAACGCAGCAGCUUCUUCAUCAAGAUACGCCCCUCAGAGCAGCUGGAGCAUUACGAAAGCGCCAUUGGUUUCAAACUGCCAAACUACAAGGCCUCCAAGAAGCUGUGGAAGGUUUGUGUGGAGCAUCACACCUUCUUCAGGUUGACCUCUACUGAGGUGGCUACCACUCCCAGGAAGUUCCUAGUGCUGGGUUCUAAGUUCCGCUACAGUGGACGGACCCAGGCCCAGACCCGCCAGGCCAGCUCUAUGAUUGACAGGCCAGCCCCCCUAUUCCAACGCUCGGCCAGCAAGAGGAACUCACGAAGCAUGGACGAAGCCAUGGUGUCCACUCCAGACAAGAGCACUCGUCCUGUCAGUGCUCCCAUCAUGUCUCCCAUCUCUCCCGGGGAUGUCGCACCGUCCCCUGUGACCUCGGGCCUGCCCCGCGGUGAGCGGCGAGAAGCCUCCACCCCCACGGUUCGCAAGUCCCGCUCAGCAGAGAGAAAAACCAAAGAAGAGACCAAGGUGGAGAGCAAGGUGACAGAGGUCUCCAAGACACAGAGCUCCAGACCACAGUCCACCCCAGAGUUCAAGAGGGAGGGAGCCAGGAGGAGUAGGCAUCAUGCCCCUGCAGUCACCACCACCACCAACGGGACAGAGAGAGAGAGAAAGAGCCAGCAUUCGUCCCGAGAGAGAACCGACAUGGAGACGGUGCGAGUGAGGAAGAAAAGAGCUAAGAAACUUGAGGGUGAAACUAUUUAUAUCAGGCAUAGCAAUUUAAUGUUGGAGGACCUGGAUAAGACCCAGGCAGAGAUUAUGCGUCACCACACCAGUAUCAGUGAGCUGAAGAGAAGCUUCAUGGAGUCUGUUCCGGAGCCGCGGCAGAGUGAGUGGGACAAACGCCUGUCCACCCACUCACCCUUCCGCACGGCCAGCAUCAACGGACAGCUGCAGCCAGGCACUGACGGGCCUAACGUGGUGAAAACACAGACAAUCACCAUCUCAGACGUGUCUAACUCCCUGCGAGGAGACGUCUCUAACAAGGAGGUCCCCAUCGUGCACACUGAGACCAAGACCAUUACCUACGAGUCAGCGCAGUGUCUCCUUCAGCCCGUAGACAACCAGGCAGAAAGGGACUCUGGAGUGCUGCUGAGUGCCCAGACCAUCACCUCAGAGACAGUCAGUACAACCACCACCACUCAGAUCACCAAGACGGUGAAAGGAGGCAUCUCAGAGACUCGCAUUGAGAAGAGGAUUGUGAUAACUGGAGACACAGAGAUUGAUCACGACAAGGCUCUGGCCCAGGCCAUCAAGGAGGCGAAGGAGCAGCACCCGGACAUGUCUGUGACCAAAGUGGUGGUGCAUCAGGAAACAGAGAUCACCCCAGAUUAACCCCAGGCUCACCUCUCCUAUAACCAGCUGGGGGCCAAAACUACCACGGCGCCUGAGGAAGGUGAGCUC